CUCGGCAGAAUGAAGUGCAACGCUGAGAACAUAUGUCGGAAAACGUCGCAACGCCUUUCUCUUCUCACCACUACUUUCUUGUCUCUUGUCUGUUGUCUGUCGGUUGUUUUCUUGCAAAUCCCAGAAUAAAAUAAAACGAUGUUCAGCCUGCCCACCGCCGUCUCUCUUUUGUUUCUUGCACUGGCCGAGGCUGCGCGUGCAUCGCCAUGCCUCGCGUUCGACGCCAACUUCAACCUGCACGUCUUUGGCCUUGACGGUAAAGACUGGAAUGCGGGUACUCAGGACCAGUGGACGUCGGGUAGUGCGACGGACAUAACUACCUCUGGCCGACCACCCUUUGAUGGUUCGAAUACGACGUGCUACCUCGCUCAGUUUUACAAUGCCAUCUACGUCAUGAACGGCGAUAAAUCACAGCCUUCUGCUGUCCACAUCUACGAUGCGGGGGCAAAGUCAUGGUCAACUCAGUCCGUCACCACAGGCGGUUUUGACCCGUCCAACUUCGUCACCAUUCUCGACCAUGAUACGAACGUCUUCUACGCGCUUUCCAAGGGCGAGUUAUACUUCUUGGACAUGGGUGCCCUCACAACGGCGAACAGCUCUGCCCUCACCUGGAAUGACGUCGGAAAGCCCUCGUUCUCUACAGAUAACUACCAGCCCGUCAUGGCCAUCGCGCAGAACCACGUACACUUCCUCGAUGUGCCAAAUGUCCCUGCUGGAAGUGCCCAGAUUUUUGUGAUUCACUUCUCAUACUUCCAGCCCGAGGCGCAGUCGUACUCCGGCGACACAUUCCCCGCGACACACGGCCAAGCGACUUCGUUCUUCCAGGAGUCUGGCGUGCAACAAGAAUUCGCGUUCAUCCCCGAUGACGGCUCGGCAACCUACGUCAUCAACGUAGAGACAAACUCCUCGACCGCCCUUGCAGGUCCCACCAUCAAAGACUCCUCCGCGACCUACUUCGCCGGCAUCUCCUCGCUCGUGCAGCUCGCUUCCGACGGUACCGUCUCGUACCUCCCGUACAAGCAGGGCGACGCGCAGACGAACAAGGCCGCGUCGUGGAACAAGGUCACCGCCAUCGCCGCCGUCGCGCCCCCGUCGAACUCGAGCUCUAACAGCGUGUCGGGCUCUGGGAAGGCCGGCGCGAGCUCGACGGGUAGCAGCGGCGGGGCGAAGCCAAGCGGCAGCGCGGGCUCGGACCAGAGCAACGGCGGCGCCGUGGGGCGGCAGGUGAAGGCGGGCGCCGUGGGCGCGGCGCUGCUCGCCGUGCUCGGGUUUGCUCUGCUUUGAUUCUAGACCACCGACAUCUGACUGGGACUAUCAACCAACAUUAACAUCUACUGCAUUUUCAACUAAGUACGCACGGACGUUACGACUAUUAAUCGCAUUUGUAUUUGCCUAUUCCGUGCAUUUUUCGGAUUUCCCCUCGCUUUCCGUACCCUCCUUCCCCUUACCUACUCGUUCAUACAUAUGGAACACUUCCCUUAGUUAACCAAGGUGUCGGUAGGCUAUACAUAUAAUAUAGGCUACGGAUGUCUAGACAUAGCUAUGAGAAUGUAGUAUACAUGGUUGUGGAAUUUCCAGCUAGCAAUGUUUGCGGUACGCUUGUUCGACCGCUUCCUCAAACUUGGGAGUAUCACCAAGAUGUAUACCCUGCUUGCCGCCGGAUGAUAUACCCCUUGGGUGUCUC